UUACGCCGGCCCGGACUGCCCGGCCGAAGGGCCCUCGCUCCGGAGGCAGCAGGCUCCUGGCUACUCCCCGCCGCAGCCCCGACCCCCGGAGGACACGUGGGCUCCCCACACUGUCUACGGGGUGCAGCCGCGCUACGCGUGGCCCGCUGCUUCGGCGCACGGGAACCCCUUCGUCUCCGAACCGCAUCCGCCCUGGACUGGCAGUGGAGAUCCUUCCCACCCUCCCGCCUGGGACUCGAAGGACACUGCGUACGACAAACCUGAGCAAAGCGCAAACCAACACAACUACUAUUCCGACGUCAAUCACCAGCACUCUGGGACCAUGAAUGACCACAAGGCACCCCCCUCCAGCCCCCAGGUGCAGUACAGCGCGCAGCCCCACAUGUAUGACACCGCGUCUCGGAAGCUUCCGGCUGGGAGCCGGGAGGUUGGCCUUAAACCUGGGGACCAGCCUUCAACUAAUUCUGCAGCCAUCCAGCCUGAGAUUCAGAGAAUCCUCCACGUUAUGGGGGAGGCUGAGCAGCUGGAGCAAGAGGUGGAUGAAUUUGUAGGAAAAAAGACAGAUAAAUCCUACCGGCUUCUGGAGGAGAUGUUGACCAAGCUGCUGUUGGAACUGGAUUCCAUCGAGACUGGUGGCCAGGACAGUGUUCGGCAGGCCAGGAAAGAGUCCGUCCACAGAAUUCAGGCCAUACUGGAAAAACUGGAAAGAAAGGGGUUGUGA